GAGAGUCAGUCGUCGUGAUGAAUUUAGUCGUGGUGGAAGCUUUGGCCAUAGUAUGGCUUGUGGCGUUAGGAGUCAACGCACAGAACUGCAGUGGACGGUGUGUCCGACGGGAUUAUUGCCUUACGGACGAAGACGACCCGGCACCGGAUGUGGACUUGCGCAUCGGGCAAAAAGACUCGACGGUCGUGGGCAACUGUACGCACUAUCUGGACCUGUGUUGUCCACCUGAUUUGAUCAUCGAAGAGCCACACCAGACAGCGACGCACGAGCAAAAGUUUGCGUCCUGUGGAAAACGCAAUCCAGAUGGGGUUGGGUUCCGGCUCGGUGGAGGAAAGGUGCAAGAAGCGGAAUUCGGUGAAUUCCCGUGGACGUUGUUAGUUCUGGAAUUGCAAACAAUCUUCGACUUUGAGGCAAAGGAAGUGUAUACAUGUGUUGCCUCGUUAGUAGCACCGAACGUUGCGCUUACAGUGGCCCACUGUGUCGUCAAUCGGACGGCCACAGACUUGGUAGUUCGAGCCGGUGAAUGGGAUACCCGGACCGAGAGUGAGGUACUUCCGCAUCAGACCUCGCCGGUGAAGGAAGUUAUAGUUCACGAGCGAUACAACAAGCACCACCAUAACAAUGUGGCCCUUCUUGUGCUACAAAAACCCUUCCAAGCGGCCGAAAACGUCCAAACGGUGUGUCUUCCACCACCGGGCGUUCGUCCAGCGACCGGAGAGGAGUGCAUUACCGGUGGCUGGGGAAAGGAUCGAUUUGGAAAAGAUGGCGUCUAUCAACACAUCCUAAAGCGUGUAUCCCUACCGAUCGUCGACUCUGCAAAGUGCCAGGAGGCACUGCGCAAGACCCGGUUAAGUCAGAAGUUUAGGCUGCAUAGUACGUUCCUGUGCGCCGGUGGAAAGAAAGAUGCGGAUGUUUGUUCCGGCGACGGUGGAGCGGCCCUCGUGUGUUCGGUGGCCGGAUCGGAGACCUCCUACUAUCAGGCUGGCAUCGUGGCGUGGGGUAUUGGGUGUGGUGAUGAGAGCAUUCCCGGGGUGUACGUCGAUGUUGCGGUCAUGCUGCCUUGGAUCGUGAACAAGCUCAACAUGCUCAACGUCGAUCCUGCGUUCUACACCGUAGAUUAAGAGGAUAGUCUAUCUUGUGCAUUGCUGCAUUGUGGAUUGUUUAUUGUCGUUAAUUUCAGUUUCUAGCUGUUGAAACAAUACUAAUGGAUGGCAUUAUGAUAUACAGAAAAAAAAGAAAAAUAGAACAAUACAACGAAUAACAACAAAAUGUCAAAAUUCAAUCCAGGUUAAAUCUAUUGCAGCUAUAUGUG